AUGGACUUAGCGACGGGUGCCAUGAGGUCUCUCCUCCCCAAGCUGCUCGAGCUCCUCAAGGAGGAGUACAAUCUGCAGACCGGCGUCAGGGCAGACGUGGAGUCUCUCUCCAAGGAGCUUGCGAGCAUGCAAGCCGCCCUCCACAAGGUCGGCCAGGUGCAACGGGACCAGCUCGACGAGCUGGUCAAUAUCUGGGCCGACGAGGUCAGGGAGCUCUCCUACAACAUGGAGGAUGUCGUCGACACCUUCCUGGUGCAUGUAGAUGGCUCCGUGCCUAGUGCUAGCUCAAAGAGUUUCAAGGGGCUCAUAAAAAAGAUGGGGAACCUGUUCCACAAGGGGAAGGCUCGUCGUGAGAUCGCCGAUGCCAUCAAGGACAUCAAUAAGCAAGUUCAAGAGGUGGCCAACCGGCGUGCCAGGUACAUGGUUGACAAUAUUGUAGCUAAGCCUGCAUCUGAGGCUAAGCCUACAUAUGAGACCACUAUCGACCCUCGUCUUCGAGCUCUGUACGCGGUAGCUACAGAUCUCGUGGGCAUCUAUGGGAAAAGGGACCAAGAUCUCAUCAAGUUGUUGUCUGACGAUGACAUCUCCAACAAGAAACUGAAGAUAGUCUCCAUCGUCGGAUUCGGAGGGUUGGGAAAGACAACCCUUGUCAAAGCAGUGUAUCAGAAGAUGAAAGGUGAUUUUGGUUGCAGUGCAUUUGUUCCCAUCGGUCGUGAUGCCGACGCCAAGAAGGUUUUCAUUGAGAUCCUCAUUGAUCUUGAUAAGGAAAAAUACACUAAUUACACUCUAACUGUGUUGAAUGAACGACAACUCAUCGACGAACUCGUGGUAUUUCUGGAGAACAAGAGGUAUCUCAUCGUGAUUGAUGAUAUAUGGAAUGAAAAUCUAUGGGAAUUCAUCAAGCUUGCUUUCUCCGGUGGGGAUAAUCUUGGUAGUCGAGUAAUCACGACAACCCGCAUAGUCAGUAUUUCUAAGGCCUGCUGCUCUUAUAAUGAUGAUUUAGUUUACAAAAUGAAACCUCUCUCUGAAGAAGAUUCACAAGCACUCUUUUAUAAGAGAAUAUUUUCACAAGAGGAUAGAUGCCCUCCUGAAUUGGAAGAAGUAUCAAGAGACAUCUUAAAAAAGUGUGGCGGUGUACCAUUGGCCAUCAUUGCAAUAGCCAGUCUUUUGGCUAGUAAUAAACAGAUAAAACAGAAGGAAGAAUGGUAUGUAUUGCUCAGUUCUAUAGGCACUGGAAUUACAGAAGGUGCCACGAUGAAGGAGAUGCAAAUGAUACUAUCAGUUAGCUAUUAUGAUCUGCCUCCCCAUCUGAAGACUUGUUUAUUAUAUCUCAGCGCAUAUCCAGAAGAUAGAGAGAUAUUGACAGGUGAAUUGAUAUGGAGGUGGAUAGGGGAAGGUUUUAUCCAUGGUGAAACACAGGAUGCAAAUCUAUUUGAAAUUGGGCAGAGUUACUUCAAUGAGCUUAUCAAUAGGGGCAUGAUUGAACCAACAUACUACCGUAGCUGUGAGGUAUUUAGUUUCCGUGUACACGACAUGGUCCUUGAUAUGAUACGUUCCUUGUCAAAUCAAACCAACUUUGUUACUCUAUUGAAUGGUACUAAUGAUAUCACAUAUUUAAGAAGCAACAAUGUUCGCAGGCUAUCCCUUCAGAAUAUAAAAGAAGAUCAACAUCAUGCACAACUCCUUCCCGUGAGCAGCGUCACAAAAAUGAGGUCCAUUACUAUCUGUGAUACUGCUUGUAUUAACCUAAUACUGCCGGCUCUUUCAAGCUUUAGAGUAUUGCGGGUACUGAAUCUGAUUGGAUUCAAUGAUGCUAGUGGAGAACAGCUCGACCUUAGUGGUAUUGGGAAUCUUGUUCACCUGAGGUACCUAGGUAUAAGUGGUUUUCCUACCUGUGAACUCCCAUCAGAGGUAGGAAAUUUGCAGUUUUUACAGGUGCUGAAUGUAAAUGGUCUACAAGAGUUGGCUGAAUUGCCACCGGACAUUUGUAAACUGAGAAGAUUGAUCUGCCUGCUGGUUCACAUUAACUGCAUCAGCCUUCCAGAUGGGUUCGGGUAUAAUCUAACAUCCAUUGAAGUUCUCGCGCGUAUCAGCGCCUCCAUGGAUAUUGCGAAAGAGCUGCACAACCUUGCCAGACUGAGGAGGCUCGCAAUUCAUUGGCCUGAAACCGUUACUGCGAGAAUGGAGUCGGAGGAAGUUUUCGUGGAUGCUCUAUGCAACCUGGACAGCAUUGAAAGUGUACGUAUUACAGGUUCUUUUGAAUCCAUGGAUCUCCUGGGGGAAUGCUGGGCACCCACUCGACAUCUCCAGAAAUUUGAAUUUCCUGGUGGCAGAUUCUCUGGGCUGCCGACGUGGAUAAAGAGAAACACAGCUCACCUAUCAGAUCUCUCGUACUUACACAUUGAAGUCAAGAAGCUGUGGCAGGACGAGGUGCAAAUCCUUGGGAGGCUACCGGCUCUUCGUCGUCUCUACCUACAUGGUGCCCGCCAACCACCGGGGCUGAUGCUCAUCGACGGGUUUCACUGUACUAUAUAUUUCUCAUUUGUCUUCGAAUCACCUGGACAAUUGUUGUUUCAGAGAGGAGCUUUGCCAAGGGCUGAAGAGGUUAUUUUCAGUUCCCAUGCUACGCCAAAAGGUGGCGAUGGCGGUGAUGAUAAUGUUGAUCACUUUGGCCUGUGUAACCUCAUGUCCCUUCAGAAGCUCGAUGUCACUGUCCAUAGUGCAGUAAGAUAUAGAGAACGGAGGGAACUGCAGGCUGCGUUGACGCACGUGCUUCACGCCCAUCGUAACCAUCCCAUCAUUCUUUAUGCCAGGCUCAUAACAGAAGAUAGCGACGACGAAGAUUCCUGCAACGAAGAGGAAUGA